AUGAACAUCUCCGACUCUCCUCUAUUCAAGGAAUUUGCUCGACCAGUUCUUGUACAUGAGCCCCAUCAUGGUAGAGCGUUUUACUCACCCUUGAACAUCGUGGAUAUCUUUGUGCAGCAUCUCCUCGACGCUGCUAAGCUUGAAACCACCCAGUUCAAGAUCAGCAAUGCUACCGAAAACUCUUUCUGUCUUAGCAUUCAAGGGCGUCUUGUUGGGACAGGAACCAUUUCUAGUACCAUCGAUGCCAUGGAGGCCUGUCUAUCUUUCAACGAAUCCAGCUUCGGUAAAGUCAAGUUGCCACAAAUACAGACGAGUUACUGGGGCGCGGACUUUUGUGUCAAGGAGCAGCGUGUGAAUAUCUCUAAUUACGUCACAUAUUGCAACUUUGUUCGGAGUCUCAUCGUUGAUAAAGACACUUGUCUUCAGCUUCAGAAUAGCGAGUGUACUAUACGAGCCUUGAGAACCUCGCCAGCAUGUAGCAUGCGUCUCGAUAUGCCACUGGAAGCCUUAGACGGGCCACGUAUAGCCCUGAAGAAGGUAUCACGCUCGGGAAACAAUGUCAGAAUGGUACUCAGUUCAAGCUACUCAGGUCCAGUGGAAAUCAAUCAUGGUCUGUGUCUCUUCGAGCUUCGAAAUGGCCCUGGAGAAAUAUUGGCAGAGCUGAAGGGAGAUGUGAACAUUUCCCAGAGCCAGAAUGAGCUUAUCCUGCACGGCACGGCAAAUCAUGGGGUGAUACCUUCGCAAAUGGUAAGGCUGAUAGGAGUUGGGGUGGAAGAGGACAAGAGAUCAUGGCUUAGUGAGACAGUCAGAGAAGUUGAUGUUGUCUUCGAUCUGGAGCCAGAACAUUCAGAGACACUGUGGUUUUGA